AUGCCUUCAUACUUUUACCACCUUAAAUUUGAGCUGUAUCCUACGAGCGACCCGACUGUAACACAAGACACCCCGGACAGCGACGUGUGGCUCCCGACACCACAGACGAGUGUGUUUGACCAUUUGCCGGCGCACGCUACACGAAUCGACGGAGCAACUACAGCGCACAGCGGCAAGUCCUUCGACGCAUCUUGGGACUGGCGAUUCGACUGCGUGACCAUCGAGACGAUUGACCCGGUCGAGAUCAUGGCCGCCGCAGAGGGCGAAACCAGUAACAACGGUGCCGUUACUGCACCGUCCUUGGGACCAAACUUUUCCGGACCAGGAACGGCAGUCAAGGCGAAAUGCGUGCGAUUAGAAAACCACAUCACUAAUGUUGGCUGGGGUGUGGUUCACUUUUACCGAGACGACCAGGAGAGCCCUGAGCUGUGGCUGCCCGAAGUACGGCAGGUUGUCGGCGAAGAUGAGGACUGCACGACGCUGUGUAUACCCGCGGUGCCGGCAUACAUGACGCCAGGCGACCUAUGGGGAUUCAUUGGUGAUCGGUGGCGCGAUGAUGUUAUACACUGCCGCACGGUCAUGACAUCCAAUAUGAACCGGUAUUUGGCGCUGCUCAAGUUUCGCCACAGCAAGGUGGCCAGGGAGUGGCAAAAACAGUUUGAAGGCGCGGUGUUUACCAUGAUGGAGCCGGAGACUUGCCACGUCGUUUUUGUCAAGAGUAUAACCUUUGAGACGCCAGCCCAGACCAGCAACAACGAAAGAGUGGCAUCUUCAUCAUCCACCGCCGCCUUUGAAACUCCCAAGCUAUUUCCACCACCGAUGCCGGACCUUGUUGAGUUGCCAACUUGCCCCGUGUGCUUAGAGCUCCUGGAUGAGACAAGUGGCAUCAUGACAAUCCCAUGCGCGCACGUUUUCCACUGCACAUGUCUGGAGAGCUGGAAAGGCGGCAGGUGUCCCGUCUGCCGAUUCGCCAACACGACCUCGGGCGUCGGGCCUGGGGUGAGCCCCUUCAGUCGACCGUUCGGCUCGGACGUCUCCAAUCUGUGCAACGUCUGCGACUCCACCGAGGAUCUAUGGAUAUGCCUCAUAUGCGGGUACGUGGGGUGUGGACGGUACAAGGGCGGUCACGCCAAGGACCACUGGAAAGACACGUCGCACUGUUUUGCGCUUGAGCUCGAGACGCAGUACGUCUGGGACUAUGCAGAUGACGCGUGGGCGCAUCGUCGAAUUCGCGAGAAGGGCGACGGUAAACUCGUUGAACUUCCCCGGCGCAGUGGCAAUGGAAUGUCGUCGGCGGCCGCGGACGAGGAAAUGGUGCCGCGUGCCAAGCUGGAUAACAUGGGCUUUGAGUAUACGCAUCUCAUCACCACGCAGCUCGAGUCACAACGCACGUAUUACGAGGGCCUGCUGCACAAGGCCGUUGCCAAGGCGUCCAAGGCGACGGCGACAGCCGAAUCCACUACGAGGCAAAUAGCGGCUACGACGGAGCAGCACAGCGCGCUUGACGUCAAGUUCCGGACACUGAGCCUGGAGACGGUGCCGCAGCUGGAGCGGGACCUGGAGCGGGAGCGCAACAAGUCCGCCAAGAGUGAGGCGCUGGCGCGGAACCUCAGCCGAUCGCUACAGGAGGAGAAGCGCGUUAGUGAGGGCCUGCUGAAGCGCGUCGAGCACCUCGGCGCAACAGGCGAGGAGACGAGGCGGCAGCUGGAGGCGCUACGACAGGAGAUGGAGGAGAUGAAGGAGAUGAAUCGCGACCUGAGCAUGUUCAUCUCGGGACAGCAGAAGCUGAAGGAGAUGGAGGAGCAGGGCCAGUUGGAGGAGGGCGAGCUGGCAGACGGGAGCGCGAGCGUGCCAGCGAAGAAGACGCGGCGGAAAGGGAGGCGUUAG